UGGCACCCGUGUUGUGAUUCGUGUGCUGCAAGAGUGGGCAAUUCAAUUUAAUUUUAUUUAACAAUAAAAGCAACAUUCGUUUGGAAAUAAUGUAAUUUUUUAUAAACUUAGACCUUGAGUUCACAUUCUUUAGCCGCCGUAGCAAUGCAUAUUCCUCAGAGCUUUGGUCAGAAUGCAUGUCGCUGCAGCGUGUGUGGGUCUGGGGCUCAAGCUGUGAAUCUAAUACAAAUAAGUCAACUGCUCAAGGAGAGCGCACACUGGUACAAAUCGAAGGUAGAGUGGGCCUUGGAAGGCCCCAUCCGCCUGGAGAGUAUCUGCAACAGCUGUGAUCGUCUUGUGAAGACUGCAGACCAUCUCAAUUACCGGGGUUACAUGAGCAAGUAAAUGCGUAUCAGGAACGGAUUUUCCUAUUCGCUCACCAUUGUAGUCCGUUUGUAAUGCGUAUUAACUCUGCUCAUGUAACCCCGAGCAAUAAUGAACUGGUUUCCACUUUGGCCACCCUGCAGCAGAAGCACAGCUCUCUGCAGCAGGCAGCAAAAGAUAGCGACUCCAAAGAAGUGACAGGAACUGUGAUCAGUCAAAAGCAGACUGUGGACAUUGUGCAACAGGAGCAGGCAUCCGUCCGGCGUGUUGGAGCAGAUGACGUCCUCAUCACCAUCUGGGCCGACCACCGCCUCUCCUCCCGGUCCGAGCCCCAGGCGGAACAGAACUCCGCAGUGGUGGCGGAAUCUGUCUCAACGGUAAAGCGCGCUGAUAAUGAAUCUCAGACGCUGGGAAAGGAGGCUGAGGAAGAUGGAACCGCCAUUGAGGGACGUUCGACUACGAAACGGACACGAAAGACGACGGCGCGCCUCUCUUGUGAUGUGUGUCAUCGGUCAUUUGGCACCGAGUCAACAUUGGCCCGACACAAGAGGCGAGCGCACAGGAACAACGGAGAUGAUCACGACAGCCUCGCGAAAGACAGUGCUCGCAAUACAGGCUCUUCACUACAGCAGAAGGGUAAUUCAGCUGCUGCCAAGCGAGGGGACAAGGAUGUGGGAACAGUUAUUAGUAGGAGGAAGAAGAGUGCACCUCGCAAGUGUUCGACAGAGGAUGAUUAUGAUGAACAUCGGACCCUGACCGCUUGCGAUAACGUCAGGUCCCCUCUAGCUUCAUCUUCUCAUGCGGUGAGAAGUCGUCUGCAGCCGCGUGAUUUGGGACUCGUGGCACGCAAUCCUUCCGUUGCAACGUCAAGUGUGGUUGCUUCUGAUGCUGCUGGAAGUGGUUAUGAUGAGUCACGCUCCAAGGCAAACGAAAACUCGACAAGAACGGCGAUGAAGGCCGGGAAUACUGAAGUCGGGUUCACGGAUUCAGGGCCAGAACAGGAUCCAGUCAGCAAGGAUCAAUCAUGGUUUCAGCCGGAUUCUCCUGGUUCUCGCGACCUACGGACUCUUACACCGCACCAUGAAAUGUCCGAAAUGUCGCAGUUCCCUACACCUUUGCUUACGGAAUCGACAGACACAGCCGAUGAACCCGUGUUAAGUCGGCUCCACCCGGAAACUGCAUCGGAACUCCUUGGCGACAAGGACAGUUCCUUGGAGCAUACCAUUUUCCCUUCUCUCGCCACGUCGACCACUGCUUUUGGCGCUGAGGCAGCGGAGUCAUCUGCCACUUCAGGCGUGAAUGAGCCCAUUGACAUGGGAACAGACAGCCAGGAGCUUACCAUUGCUUUUGAUACUGGCGUGGAGCCACCGCCCUCUGGGACAGAUACUCAGCAGUCCCAGCAGAAAUCCUGUCCCACUUCUGACACCAAAAUAAAGCGAAAGGCCGACUCUGGAGCGACCAUCAGUUUUCGUCAUAGCGUCACAGGAGGUGAACCGCCGAAACUGCGAAGGAGAAUGGCCAAAGACACAGAGACCGAGUCUGAGAAUAGCGAGAAGAAGGUGUCGUCGCCCUCUAAACGGAAAAAGAAGUCAACUAGCCGUCGCCGGUCGCGACAGACGCUGUACGAGAGGCACGGAGAAAAGUGGCGGUGCCUGGAGUGCUCCGCUGUCUUCAACACCAGAACCGGCGCGCACGGUCACGCGCUGACCCACACGGAGCCGGACGGCGGCCGCUGUCCGCGCUGCAGCAAGACCUACGCCAACGCGUAUGCGCUGCGCCGCCACCGGGCCGGCUGCCUCUCCGGCCGGCCGCCCUCGUGUCCCGUCUGCGGGAAGGUUGUGGCCGACCCGGCCUACCUGGCGCACCACGUGCUGCUCCACUCGUCAGGCGCGCCCAAGAAGCACCAGUGCGACCGCUGCGGCCUGGCGUUUGCGGCGCCGGCGCGACUGCGGGACCACAUAGCGGUGCAGCACAGCAACGCUGAGACGUCGCACAAAUGUGAUAUCUGUCAGCGGGAGUUUAAACUGCAGCAUCACCUGCGGCGGCACUAUCGCUCGGUCCACACCACUGAGCCGGCGGUGACGUGCGACGUCUGUGGGAAGGGGUUCAAGCGCGCCGACCACCUGCAUGCGCACAUGACCGUCCACACGGGGGCACGGCCGUUCGUCUGCGUGCAGUGUGGACGGGGCUUUACGCGCGCGGACACCCUGGCGGACCACUCCAGGCUGCACACGGGCGAGAAGCCGUUCAAAUGUGCCGAGUGUGGACAGGCGUUUAGGGAGCACCGCGGAUACAAACGCCACCUGAAGACCAAACAUAAACCGGCGGAAGGGGAUGAGGUGGGACCGCUGACGAUGAGCUUGUAGUGGCGCGGAGAUUCGUAAGGCCGUCCAGUGUCGUAUGAGAGGUACUGUGGCAAUAUUUAUUGUGUACCUAUCGAUGUAAACGGUGGAGCUCGAUCGCUGCUUGUGAGAGCAGUGUAAAUGUAUGUCGAUAUGUCUUUCUAUCACCAUUGAAGUUGAUAUGUCAUGCUUUGUAUGAUUACUGUACUGUCAUCUUUUCAGAAUGAUGCGAGCAUUUAGAAUAACAAAUCUGGUACCGAUACAGACUAAUCAUAAUCGUUUCGUCAGGUUUACAUAUCUCUUCUAAGUUCUAAGCUGUAUGAUUACAGAGCAUUUGACUGAUCUCGACGAUUCCAGAGCGCUGUGCUUGUGAAUGGCGAGCUUGUGAAGAAAACAUUCAAAUAUUCUUUUUAGAUGUGCGUUAUUGUGGUAUGCUGUCAUAUUGCAGUGUUCUGCGUGCUUUCAAAAUAACCACAAAACCAAUAAAUGUCUGAAGGUCGAUAGCAGACCAUUA